GUACCCUAGGAUGGAGGAGGAACUGGAAGCAGAGCCCGAGCCUGGGCGGGAGCUGGAGGGAGAGCCUGAGCUGGGGCGGGAGCAGGAGCAGGAGCUGAAGGCUGAUUCAGAACCAGAACCAGAGCUGGAGAGAGAGCCAGAGCCAGAGCUAGAGCUGGAGCCAGAGCCCGGAGAGGAGCGAGAGCUUGAACCUGGGGCCGAGCUGGGGCCAGAGCUAGAUCUGGAGUUGGGGCCAGGGCUGGAUCUGGAUCUGGAUCUGGAACUGGGGCGAGAAUCCGAGGCUGAUCAGGGGUUCAGGGCUGAGCCUAAGCUGAGGCAGGCCCGGGGCCAAGAGGAGCGGGAGCUGCAGGAUCGGGAGUUUUUCUCUUGGGCAGAGUUCAGCCGCUUCUUCGAUGCGUGGUGCCAGCAGCGCCGGGCCCUCUUCUUCGUCAAGAGCUCCAUGCACCUGGCCAAGUGCCGCUGGGCCCUGGAUGCUCCGCUCCACUCCAGCAUUGAUGUCCUCAAAUAUAGCUACGUGCGACUGGCCUGCAAGGAUGUGCAGGCCCCGGAGCCCGGGCAGCCUGGCAUGGCCGGGAGCCCCCAGCCAGGCUGCCCAGCCUUCAUCAUUCUGAAGCUCAGCCCACUUCGAGACCGCCUGGUGGUGACUGAGUGCCACCUGGCGCAUUCACACCCGCCGUGCCCUUUGGAGUUCGCCUAUUAUUUCCGCCCUGGCCAUCUUCUUGCCAACGCCUGCCUUCCCAUCCGUACCACCAACAGGAUCUCUAAGCAGUUUGUGGCCCCCGAGGACAUCCACCGCCUCCUUUCCUACUGCAAGAGCCGGGACCAUGGUGUCCUUGAUGCCCUCCGAGUCCUGGAGGGGCUCUUCCAGGCUGAUCCUGAGGCCAAGGUGAAGCUGGUCUUUGUGGAAGACCAGGCCAUCGUGGAGACCGUGUUCUUCCUGACGUCCAGCAUGAUGGCCCUGCUCAGGCGUUACCCGCUCAUGCUCUUCUUCGAUCGGCUUCCUGGGCUGCAGGGCACCUUCGACCUGUCCACGGUGCUCUGCGUGGAUGACUUUGGCCAAGGCCGGGAGGUGGCCUGCUGCCUCACCCGCCAGACCAGCCCCAACCUCCUGCGCUUCACGCUGGCCUCGCUGGUGCAGAGCGUGCCGGAGAUCAAGGGCCGCGUGGGCUGUGUCACCGUGGGGCCUGAGGUGGGCACUCAGCUGGAGGCUGUGCGUGAGCUGCUGCCGGGGGCCCGGGUCCAGAUCUGCCGGGUCCAGGUGCUGGAGACGCUCUUCAGCAAGGCCCAGGAGCUGGGCGGUGCCGGGGAGGACCCGGGGCUAUGGCCGCUGCUGUGCCGCCUGGCCGGGGCGGCCUCGGCGGCUGCCUACAUGGAAGCCCUGGCCGAACUGCGGGCCACCUGUCCUGCUGCCUUUGUGGACUACUUCGAGCGGAGCUGGGCGCCCCGCAGGGCCAUGUGGGUGCGCCUGUGGGCCUUUGAGACGGCCCGAAACGUGGAUGCCUGUGCCCUGGUCCGGGGCCACCGGCAGCGUCUGCUGCGCGGGCUUAGCCCCUCGCCCACGGUCGCCCAGUGCAUCCGGGACCUGGUGGCCCUGCAGCGGCGGGCCAGUGAUGACGAAGACGAAGUAGGAGGAGAUGGCCUAGCCAAGGCUCCUGUGUCAGGCCCUGGGGCAGGAUUGGAGAAGGGAGGCAGAAGGGGGGUGCAGUGGGGGGACAGAGGGGACAGGAGGACUCAGGUGAGAGAGGGAGGCAUACAGCUAGGAGACCCGGGGGACAGGGGAAGCCAGUUGCGAGGCCCAGGUGAGUGGGGGAGACAUUUCGGGGAGCAGGAUGUACAGUUUGUGACCAGAGGGGAUAAGGAGAUGCAGCCGGGGAACAGUACUAUGGAGCUGAGAGAC